GGGAGGGAGAGAGAGCCGUGACAUCAGAGCGCGCAGCAUCACUGAAUGCAGGGCAUCAUCCCCACAGAGAAAGACAGCAGCGCCUCCACGCCCAGUAAACACCACCAACGCUGCUGAACAUGAGGGAUCCAAUCGAGUGAUGAUGUCAUACCCAACGGCCUCCUAUGACCAGCUGGUGCGGCAGGUGGAGGACCUCCGUAAGGAGAACUCUCACCUGCGCCGUGAGCUUCAGGACAACUCACACCACCUGUCCAAGCUGGAGAAUGAAACCUCUGACAUGAAGGAGGUUCUGAAGCAGCUGCAAAGCAAACUGGAGCAGGAGGCCGGAACUCUUGCCUCUUCAGGCAGAACUGAUGUACUGGACCAGCUCAAAGAGCUGCAUAUGGACUUGACCAACUACUAUGAGCUCAAGUACCAGCCUCACAACCUGCGUGUGUUUCCGGAGACGAUGGCUAGCCAGGUAGGGGAAGGCGAGGAGAGACUAAGCAUCGGCAGGGCCAGGAGUCCCAUCUGUCCACCGUCCCGCCAGUCUUCAUCUGCAUCUGGAGAGGGCACAGCCAUGCACCCUGGACACCCUUAUCCGGCGACUGGAGAAGGCCGUGUCACUGCCCAGCACUUAGAGGAACUCUGUAAAGAGAGGUCCAUGUUGCUGAGUGAAAUAGAGAAAGAAGAGAGAGAGCGGCGAUGGUAUUACUCACAGCUGCAGGGUUUGUCUCAGAGACUGGCUGAACUGCCACGGCUCGAUACGUUCUCCUUGCAGGUGGAUUUUAUUCGUCAGCAGCUAGAGUUUGAAGCUCAGCAAUUGCGUUCCGUGAUGGAGGAACGCUUCGGCACCAGUGACGAGAUGGUUCAGAGAACACAAAUCCGUGUUGCUCGGUUGGAGCAGCUAGAGAAAGAGCUUCAUGAGGCCCAAAGCUCACGUGGUCCUCAAGAGAAGAGUGCUCUACCAGAGACUCAGAGCACCGAGUGCCUCUCAAAAACAUCUGUCCCUGACAUGGAUACUGGAAAUGCUGGUACCUUGGAUGCUCCUGGAGAAGCAGGAAGCAAAGUGGAGAUGGUAUUUUGGCUACUUUCCAUGCUAGCCUCUAGAGAUCGGGAAGAGAUGUCCCGCACCCUUCUGGCAAUGUCAAGCUCACAGGAAAGCUGCAUUGCUAUGCGCAAGUCUGGCUGCGUCCCACUGCUUGUGCAAAUACUACAUGAGGGAGGCACUGGGGAGGCAGCUGGGGCAGGAGGCUAUAGUCGAGAAGCCCGUUCCAGAGCCAGUGCUGCCCUUCACAACAUUGUGUACUCACAGCCAGAUGAGGGCCAAGCACGACGCGAGAUGAGAGUUCUUCAUGUGCUAGAGCAGAUCCGCUCGCACUGCGAGAAUGGCUGGGACUGGAUUGAGAAUCAUUUAAGUACCCCUUCACCUAGUGGUGGAAAAACCACAGAAAUCCCUGAGCCAGUGGAUCCCCAGAUGUGCCAGGCCUUGUGCGCAAUAAUGAAGUUAUCUUUUGAGGAAGAGUACCGCAGGGCAAUGAAUGAACUAGGUGGCUUACAAGCCAUUGCAGAGCUAAUGCAGCUGGACCAAGAACUGUAUGGCAUGCACAAUGAGCCAAUCAAUAUGGCCCUCCGGCGUUACGCAGGAAUGGCACUCACUAACCUUACAUAUGGAGAUGUUGUAAAUAAGGCUACUCUUUGCUCAAAGAAAAACUGUCUUCAAGCCAUUGUUGCACAGCUUGCAUCUGAUAAUGAGGAAUUACAGCAGGUAGUGUCAAGUAUACUGAGAAACUUGUCAUGGCGUGCCGAUAUCAACAGUAAAAGGGCUUUGAGAGAUGUCGGCAGUGUGUCAGCACUUAUGACAUGUGCAUUGCAGGCUACAAAGGAAUCCACCUUAAAGAGUGUGUUAAGUGCAUUGUGGAAUUUGUCAGCACACAGCACUGAGAAUAAGGUAGCAAUUUGUUCUGUUGAUGGUGCUCUUGGCUUUUUGGUUAGCACUUUGACUUAUCGAUGCCAAACCAACUCAUUGGCCAUUAUUGAGAGCGGUGGAGGCAUCCUGCGAAACGUGUCCAGUCUUAUUGCUACCCGAGAUGAUUACAGGCAAAUCCUCAGGGAUCAUAAUUGCCUUCAGACUCUGCUGCAGCACUUGCGAUCUCACAGUCUGACCAUUGUGAGUAAUGCAUGUGGAACCCUCUGGAACCUGUCUGCACGUAGUCCGAAGGACCAGGAAUUGCUGUGGGAUCUGGGAGCUGUAAGCAUGCUGCGCAAUCUCAUCCACUCAAAGCACAAAAUGAUAGCCAUGGGAAGUGCUGCAGCUCUGCGAAACCUCCUCACAAAUCGCCCACACAAAUAUAAAGAUACUGCUGUUAUAUCCCCAGGAUCCUGCAUGCCAUCCCUCUACAUGAGGAAACAGAAAGCAUUAGAGGCUGAAUUAGAUGCGAAGCAUCUGGCAGAAACAUUUGAUUCAAUCGAGAAGCAAAGUUUCAAGCAUCAAAGUAUAAACAAACCAUUGAGGCACAUUGAAAGCCUAGCAAAAGACUAUGCUUCAGAUUCUGGUUGUUUUGAUGAUGACGAGGCACCUAAUAUAUCAACCAGCUUGGACACAGGAACCUUCUCCAUGCUGUCCAUGUUCUUGAACAAUUCUAACUUCCUGAAUACUCAGCCACGUAAGCGAGAGGGGGAGCCUGAACAAGACAUUGAAACCUUUCAAACUGAUAAUAAAAGGUCACAACCCCCUGAUGAUGAAGUGACUGUGGCAGCUGAGAAAUUAGCCAAGAAGAUCACCAACACAGUGGCUAAAAUUGACAAACUGGUAGAAGACAUUACCAUGCAUACAUCCUCAGAGGACAGCUUCAGCCUCAGUUCAGAAGAUCAUUUUGUGGAUUGGAAUUAUGGGCCAGAUGAGCUUCAUGAGGCACGAGCUAUUUCAUGUUCCCCUUGUCAUCUCUCUGACACCAGCUCUUUCUCACCUAAAGAGCGUCUCAGUAGAGCGCAUGCCUUCUUGCGUCUUAAAACAGCCAACUCGAGUUUAUCCAAUGACAGCCUUAAUAGUGGAAGCACCAGUGAUGGCUAUUGUGGCAGUCAGGAACAGACUCACACCUCUGCAAGACCAACAGAACAACGACGUCCAAAUAAACUUGACCUGAAGGUAGCUCACGAGGAACCAUUGAACAGUGGUGUACACAUUUCAAGAGUCAUAUGUCAAAAUGAGAUCCCUGAAAGAGAUUUUGAGACAAACAAAGAUGCUAUUUUGCCUGAUUUAGGUUCCACAGAUACAGAGAAGAGUCAAGAACCUUUUAUAUCAACACCCGCAACUGUAUCAACCAAGGUGUCUUCGGAUGCCAGUAUACCAACUGUCAAGUUGUCUCCCUCCUAUCAGCAUGUUCCACUGAUCCAGAGUGUUGCCAAGUUUGGCGUUGCAAAGACUGCAAUUAAUGUUCAGGCAGCUCAAGCAAUGCGUAGGCAAGCUUGGGUUCCAACAGUGAUGACUGGUGGAAGUAUUAGCAAGUUUUCCCCAAUAUGCUCUGCAAGAAGUCCCACAAUAGGACAGCUGGAGACCCCUCAGAAGUAUUCUGUAGAGAACACUCCAAUAUGCUUUUCUCGCUGCAGUUCUCUGUCCUCUUUAUCUUCUGGGGAUGGAGCACUUGAUGGACAGAGUCAGACUGAAAAUGAGCUGGAGAGUGACUCCUCAUUAGAAAUCAUAGAGGUGGAAGAUGUGAAUGUUGAGAGAAAAGAUGAAGAGGAUGAGAAUGAGACACUUGAUGACUUGAGUGACAGUCAGUUAUUAGUAACUGAUCAGAAAAUAAGCAGCUCUGAUCCAACUGAGAUCCCUUGUACAAUCAAAAAUGAGAAGAGGUUCCUUAGAGGAGUGUCUCCAAUCAUUCUUGAGGACAGGACACCAUCCAGCUCUUCAGAAAACUACAUUCACGAAACACCUCUUGUAAUGAGCCGCUGUAGUUCAGUGAGCUCACUUGGCAGUUUUGAAUCUCCUUCAAUUGCCAGCUCUAUUCAGAGUGAUCCAUGUAGUGAAAUGAUAAGUGGAACUGUUAGCCCCAGUGACCUACCAGACAGCCCAGGACAAACAAUGCCUCCGAGUCGCAGCAAAACUCCAUGCUGUGCAGAAUCAAGUGGACCAGAGACACAGAUGCUUAGUGGUGUAGGAAGCCAGUGGGAAAGCAGUUUGCGCAAAAUUAUGGAAAUCACAGACUUUAAAGAAAGGUUUAACCUACCUCCAGAUUUGGACACAAUGAUCUAUUUCACUGUGGAAAAACCAAUUGAGAAUUUCUCAUGUGCCUCUAGUCUGAGUGCCCUCCCUCUGCAUGAACACUAUGUUCAGAAAGAUGUAGAGCUCAAACUUACUCCUUUGCUAAACCAACUAGACAAUGAUCCAGAAGAUUCUGAAAAGGAAGAGGAUAUGGAUGACCGAGACCAAUACAGUGAAGGCAACUCAGAUGAUGACAUUGAAAUUCUCAAAGAGUGCAUUAAUUCUGCCAUGCCUUCCAGGUUUAAGAAGGUAAGGCCCACUGUGAUGCCCAACCUCUCAAACCAAGUUCUCAACAUGCAGGCUCGAAAAUCAGUGCAAUUACCAGUGUAUAUGGUGCUGCAGAAUAAAAACAGUCAAAUGUUUACUGGACAAAAGCUUGGAAUGUCUUCAAAAGACAUCUAUCAUGAUGAUUCCUCUUACACUGACUCGGCUGAAGGUACACCCAUCAAUUUCUCAAGCACCACUUCCUUGAGCGAUGAAACACUCCAAUAUCCAGUCAGAAAUAAAGGAAUAAAAGACUGGCGAAGAAACAAAGAGACACAAGAGCUUGUUGAUAUUGAGGCAAAGAGAAUUGAAGACCUACGCAUGUUCUCUCGCUUCCACAAACCAACUAAAAUAACAUGUCAGUCUCAUACAGUUGCAAACCAACUGAACAGAACAAUCAGACAUAUGGUGCCCACUCAGAGAUUACUUAUACAAAGUAAAGAGAUGGCAGCAAAAAUGACCCAGCAAAGGAUUCAAAGCCAGUCUCCAGUUCGACAAAUUCAAAAGCAAGGACAGAAUCUGUCAAAAAGCAUGCCACAGUUAGAUAUUCCCAUAAGAAAACAAAGCACAGAGGUGUACCAAAAUCAGAAAACCUGCUCUCUGAGUCAUUCACAGGAAAACACUUUAUCCUUUCAGUCCAGGCACCACCCAACUACUACAGAAGGGGCCAUUUGCCAUAAAAUAGACAGACAGGAUGGACUGAUGAAUAGGACUGGACGGAAACAACAUUAUGAAUCAAGCAAGACUAAUGUAAUACGUAAUGCUAAUAUACAAGAUCAAGUAAACAGUUACCAGUCCCAUCAAAAGGGUUUUCACAGAAUCAAGCAAAAUCUAAUUUUAGAAGAAGCACCUCCAUGUUACUCUUUGAGUUCCUCCCUUAGCUCUUUGAGUGAUGCAGAAUUUGAGGAACAUCAUGAUAAACCUCACCAUACGUGGAUAAGGAACAGACAAUCCAAUACUCAAUGCCCUUCUAAAUCACAGCAAGACCUUAACCAGUUUGAAGAGAACAGCUCACCAAGCUCAGUCAGCAUGGAUUCAGAAGAUGAUCUGUUGAUAAAAUGCAUAACAUCUGCUAUGCCUCAACACAAGAAAAAGCAAACUGCCAGAAAAAGGAAAGCUGAGAAAAAGCACAAACAGAAAGCUACUCUUCAGAAAACAACAGAGGAGUGGAGCCCUGAAAUUGACCUAGACAGUGAUGAAAUGGCAUCCGACAAAGACUCUGAUCUCAAUAGUGUUGAAUGGAGAGCAAUACAAGAAGGAGCAAAUACAAUCAUUACCAAGCUACAAGCUUCAAAGUCCCAAGAACCCUCAUCAGAGUCUGAAUCCGUUCUGUCAUUUAUGUCUGGAUCAAGCUUUACUCCUAAAGAGAAGAAGGUAUACAAAGAUGACAAAAAGGCUAAUAAACCACUUGAUUUUGCCCCUCGUAAACCUGUUCCAAACUUGCCUGUGGUCUUCAGGGGUAGAACGGUCAUAUACACACCCAAGAAGGAGACAACUCUCUCUCAAAGGCCACCACCUAAAAAAAUUAUACCAAAACCAGAUGCUCCUAAAAAUCCAAAUCUAGCUCAACACAGGUCAAGAAGCCUUCACAGACUGGGUCACCCCAUGGACUCCACUCAGUUGUCAUUGCCCAAAAGAAGCUCAACACCACCUGCCAGGAUACCAAAGAGCUCAUCUUCAGGAUCAUCUCAAAGUUCAACACCUUCCAGGCAUCCUCAGAAAAAAGUAACCUCCCCAACCCAAACCAUUAAACAAGGUCCAGAGAAGGUGGCAUCAGCACCAUGCAGUCCACCAGACAAAAGCACUUCAAACAUCAAUCAAAAUUCAAAAUCUCCAAUUGACAGGAAAACACAGAAAUCCCCUGUUAGAAUACCAUUCAUGCAGAAUCCAUCAAGGCAAACAAGAAACAUUUCACCUUUAGUAACCAACCAGCCCAGUAGCAUUAGCAGACAAAAUACACAGAUGUCAGGGAAAAGAAUCCUACCAGCAAACCGAUUGGAUUUGGUUCGCAUGACAUCUACUCAUUCAAGUAGUGGUGAAUCAGAUCGUAAUGGCUUUCUCAGACAACUGACAUUCAUCAAAGAAUCGUCAAAAGUCUCAAGACGUGAUCCUUUUUCACGUUCUGUCCCAACAUCGCAGCAUGCCUCACCCCGAAGAGCAGGUCCAGGGGCCCCAGCAGUUUUCUUAUGUUCUUCUCGUUGUCAGGAGCUCAAGGAAGCAGUUCAAGGUCCAAGAAGAAUGCCUGUGACUCAAGGACAAAGACAAGAUCAGGAACAGGUUCUCAGACAGGACAUAGCUCUAUCAAGAGCCACCUCCAUUGAUAGAGAUGUCACUGUGAAACGUCCAGCUAGACGAACAAGCUCAGAAAGUCCUUGCAGGGCCUCACAGAGAAGUACACCUGGACCAAAGCUAAGAGAAAAAAGGGAUGAUACCUUCAAAAGAUAUUCGUCCUCACCAAGCAUAAAUGUCUUGAGUCGUGUCACUAGCCGCUCCUCUCUUCGCUCUUCAUCCUCUGACUCAAGUGGACGAGCUAAAAGUGAAAGGAACACAAAUCAGAGGCAGCAGAGGGUUGGAUCACGUAAUGCUGACAAAGUGACCUGGAGAAGGAUUCGUGAUGAGGAUGUUCCCCAGAUAUUAAAGAGCACCCUUCCUUCCACUGCAUUGCCUCUGUUACCUUCACCUGAUGGCAACAAACAGAUGCCACCACAACUACCAGGAAAACUGCCUACUAUUACACUGGCAUCACGGAAAACAAGUGACGCGACUGUUCAAACUGAAGACUACUCAGCCAACAAAAUUAACUCAAGCACCUCUCCCACAAUUGAAAAAGGUCUUAGCAUUUCAGAGGAGGCCACAAAGAUGGCCCUCCCCAGAAAAAUAAGCAUGGCCUUUGGGAAUACCCUCCAAGAUGGGGAUUCAGAUGGAUCUCUAAAAAACUACAGCACAGCAUCAUCCUCCACCUUUCAGUCAGUGGAAAGUACCCACAGUGGUGGCGUUGGCCAUUUCCGACAAAGCUCUCCUAGUAAAGCCGUAAGAGUUACUCCUUUCAACUACAUCCCCAGCCCCAUGGUCUGUUGCUCUCCACAGACACAGGGUCAAGCAACGACAAUGCCUGAAAAGACAGGGGAAAAGCAUGAAGCAUAAAACCUGUGAUCUGUCCACAGUUCAAGGCUUGACAAAGUACUAUGCUCCUGAUGCUGUAAAAACUCAGGUGGUAAUGGAUAUCGUUCUGUUUACCUCGGAUAUUUAAUGAGUCUUGUGCUUGCCAAUGCAUCAGAAGAUUUACCUAUUUGAAAAAAAAAAAGAAAAAAAGAAAAAAGAAAUAAAAAACUUAAUCUGGAUGUGAACAAUUAGCCAUGUACUGGAAUCUCACUGUAUUUACAACUUGUACCUAACCACACCACAAGUGAGGGUAUACCUUUUCUUUUUCUUUUUUUAUAUUUUUGUACAGUGAUAUUAAUCAUUGCUUGUGCUACUUGGACAAUUAAUCAAACAUGAGAAAGACUGUCUUGGAGUGUGUCAUCCACUGGUAAAAAUUAUGGCCCGCAUUCAGAACAAUAUGCAAACUAUUCUCUGAAAACAGUGACAAAUACUUUAAAAGACCAUGUGCCACCUGCAAACCGGAAAAGACUGUUGUAUUCUCACAUGAGAACCAUGUAUGCACAUGCCUUUUUGCCACACUGACAGGUUAAAACAGCCUAUUGCCUUCACUUAUUAUUACUGCAGGUAAAUAUAGCUACAAUAGGUAAAAUCUGCACAAAAUGUCUAUGUAAUCGUCAUGGAUAUUUAGUGAUACUGUUGUAAAUACUGAUUUAAAACUGUAGUUUAAUGCUUCCCAGAAGGCAAAAUGUAAUCCUGCCAUUGCUACAAAUAGCAUGCUAAAUACUCACUUAUCCACUGUAAACAUGUGAUGUUGACUUUGCAGUUUCUUUUUUCAGUGAAAAUGACAGACUAGGAGUACAACCAUCAAUCUACCCACACAUUUUCAUUUUUGAAUAUAAGAUUGUUGUAACUGUUGAGUGUUCAGCAAAUGUAUGUAAUACAAUUAAGUGGCUGUACAUAUUCCUGCUUAAUGAAUGCUUUCAUAAUGUCAUUUUGUGUACAGUCACAUUAUGCUUUAAGUAUCUAAAAGCAAGCUAAUGAGUAGCAACUCUGUGGUUUGAGAUAAAUACUUGCCAUUAACAGUAAAUUGGGCUGAAUUCUAAAUGUAGAAUGUUUAAAAUGGCUUCCAUUCAACCAAAGCCCAUUGCCAAAACUGCAGCUACACAAGCAAAUAUUGCAAAUAUUAGCGUAGGCUGGAUUAUGGCCAAUUAGCCAGCACAAAAAGUGUGUGUCUUAUUUGGUGAGGUGCAGUAUUUACUUGGACUUAGUUUUACUGUGAUAUAAUGGCUUCACUCAAUCUGUCUCUUUAGUCAGAAAAUAUGCAUUCUUUCUUAAAAGUAAAGUCAUGGAUCCCACAUCAGCCUUUGGAAAUUCUGAAAAUGAUAGAGAACUGUAUUUCAGAUGUGCUGAGUGCUGAUACCAUUUGGUUUUCCCAGAAUAAAGACUUAAUGUCUGAUUAUAUUUGAAGAUAUUGAAAUUGACUAGUAACAGAGCUCAGUGUAAUGUCUAAUGACCCAUAACAGUGGUGGUCAGGAUAAAGCAAUAUGACGCAAUGCUAAACUCAAAUUGACAUUUAGGUACAGUUUUAUGCAUAUUUGAGAGGUCAAAGCAUGAAUUGGGUUCAGAAUGUUGAUAGAAUAUUGUGUAGACUAACAGUUACAGACAAACAGCUAUGGCCAGGGGUUGGGGUCCUCAAAUAAACAAUCUCAUAAAAAUG